AGAACGCGCAUGCGCUUCGUGCUCCAGUCUGCAAGGGGGUGUUGGUAGUCGGCAGUUGUUUUGGGUCCUGUCAGGUUUUGGUCCAACGUGCCAAUGAACAGACUGGUUCACCGGAGUCUCAGCUCCCCUCGGCGGGUCGCUGGGUCGCCGGUUCGGUUCCUUGUGCGCUCAGCUUGCGCCCAAAGCGCGUGCCCUCCGGAAGUGAGAGCCACGCGUGUCCGGAGAACCUUCCUGGACUUCUUUCAGCAGCAACAUGAACAUCGACUGGUACCGUCCUCCCCGGUCCGGCCUAGAGGGGAUCCAAGUCUGCUGUUUGUUAAUGCCGGAAUGAAUCAGUUCAAGCCCAUCUUGUUGGGCACAGUGGAUCCUCGCAGCAACAUGGCGUCGUAUCGCCGUGUGGUCAACAGUCAGAAAUGUGUGCGAGCUGGCGGCAAACACAAUGACCUAGAGGACGUGGGCAAGGACGUCUACCACCACACCUUCUUUGAGAUGUUAGGGAACUGGUCGUUUGGAGACUACUUCAAGGAAGAGGCGUGUGCGAUGGCAUGGAGCCUCCUGACGGAGCACUAUGGCAUACCUGAUGACAGACUGUAUGUGUCAUACUUUGCUGGGGACACCACUUUAGGUUUAGGAGCUGACGAGGAGACUCGGCAGAUCUGGUUGGACAUUGGGGUUCCUCCGACCCGCCUUCUUCCCUUCGGCAUGAAGGAGAACUUCUGGGAGAUGGGGGAUACUGGCCCCUGUGGCCCUUGCACAGAAAUCCACUAUGACCACGUGGGGGGGAGAGAUGCCGCCCUCCUGGUUAAUGCAGACUGUCCUGAUGUGGUGGAGAUCUGGAACCUCGUCUUCAUGCAGUACAGCAGGGAGGCAGAUCUCCAGCUGCGGGUCCUGCCCCAGCGCAGCGUGGACACUGGGAUGGGACUGGAGAGACUGGUGAGCGUCCUUCAGGGUAAAAGGUCAAACUAUGACACCGACCUCUUUGUUCCACUGUUGGACGCCAUCCAUCAGAGAAGUGGUGUGGGGCCGUAUGGUGGCAGAACGGGGGCUCAGGCUCAUGUGGACAUGGCUUACAGGGUGGUGGCUGACCACGUGCGCACACUGGUGGUAUGCAUCGCUGACGGGGUUCAUCCUGGCAUGUCAGGGGCAGAGUUGGUGCUGCGGAGAAUUCUCAGACGGGCCGUCCGAUUCUUUACGGAGGUCCUGCGUGCACCUCAGGGGGCGCUGGCGAGCCUGGUUCCCACAGUGGCACACAGCUUGGGUGAUGUGUAUCCUGAGCUGCAACAUGAGGCAGACAGAGUGAUGGACGUUAUCAACGAGAAUGAAGAUCACUUCCUGUCAUCGCUGCAGCAGGGCAGCAGGCUCAUUCGACGAACCCUAGACAGGAUGGACCACAAACAUGGAGUCUUCCCUGCCUCGGUGGCCUGGUCUCUGCACAGGGACCUGGGCUUCCCUUUGGACCUGGUGGACCUGAUGCUGGAGGAGAGAGGUGUCUCUGUUGACCGUCACCAACUGGACCAACUGAUUGCACAGAACCACAAGAUGGCGGCAGAGCACAGCGGCGCUCGUUCUCAGCUGGCGGUGGGCGUGGUCAGCUUAGCGGAGUUGCAACAACUCGGAGUCAGUCACACCGACGACUGCCUCAAGUACGAGUACAGAGUGGAGCAGAACAGCUACGUCUUUCCAGCGUGCCGAGCAUCCGUGGUAGCGCUGUUUGACGGGCGCACGCUGGUUUCACAUGUCAUGCAGGGUCAACGCUGCGGCGUCGUUCUGGAUCGAACGUCUUUCUACGCCGAGCAGGGGGGCCAAUCUGCCGACCGAGGCUACUUUGUACGGGAUGACCUGCAGGAAGUGCCCUUCUCUGUGGAGGAGGUGUUCCGUGCGGGGGGGUACGUGAUUCACGAGGUGAUCGCCGCUGACACCCUCAAGGUGGGAGACCGUGUGCACGUCCACCUGGACCAGGCGCACCGGUUGGCGUGCAUGGUCAACCACACGGCCACACACAUGCUCAACUUUGCCCUUAGAAAAGUUCUGGGCCCGUCUGUUGAACAGAGAGGCUCCCACGUGUCGGCAGACCGCCUCCGUUUCGACUUCAGCUUCAAGGGCUCACUGAGCGUGGCUCAGCUGCAGCAGGUGGAGGAAUGCGUUAACAAGAUGGUGCUUGCCAAUCAGGCAGUCCACGUUCAGGAAGUGCCCCUGCACAGCGCCAUGACCAUCACGGGCCUCCGGACGGUGGACGAGGUGUAUCCUGACCCCGUCCGGGUGGUGUCGGUGGCCGUUCCAGUCUCUGAGCUGUUGGACAAUCCCACAGACAGACGGACGUCGGUGGAACUCUGCUGUGGAACUCACCUGCUGGACACCGCCACCAUCCACGACCUCGUCAUUGUAUCCGAGAAACAGCUCGUCAGAGGAAUUAGUCGUGUCAUCGCGGUGACGGGACAAGGCGCAUCACAAGCUCGUGAGGCAGGGCAGUCGUUACUUCAGGAUGUGGACUCUCUGUCGGCCAGAAUGACAAGCUCCACCUCUACUUGUCUCAACUCAGCCCAGAGUUUCGCCAAGGAGGUGGGCAUGGUCUCUGAUGCGGUGGACAACACGCCCAUCCCCCAGUGGCUACGUGGUGAACUGCAGGCCCGCCUGAGGAGUCUGCAGAGGCGCAGUAACACUUCAGUCAGGAAACUAGAAACCAGAGAGGCAGCAGUCAAGGCUAAGGCGGUGCUAGACAACAAUGGCCACAAAGACCUUCUGGUGGACUCUGUGGAGGCGGAGUCUCUUUCGGUGGUGAUGAAGGCAGUCAACCAGCUGAGUUUGGCCCUUCCUCAAAGUCACGUGAUGCUGCUGGCACACCAGAGGCAUUCUGGGAAAGUCCUGUGCGCCUGUCAGGUGCCAAAGGACUCUGCGGCGCUCUCGGCUUCAGCCUGGGCGGUGGCGGUGUGUCGUCAGCUCGGCGGUGAAGGCGGGGGCUCCACGGUGGUUGCCCGGGGCACAGGAAGCACUGAUGACAUCACAGAAGCUCUCAGAUGGGCGGAGGAGUUUGCCCGCAGGAAUAUUAAUGGAUGACUUUUGCAACAACAGCAGGAACGGGAAGUGUUCACCUUAUUAGCAUCUUAGCCACAACCAUGUUUUAUUUGCUGACAAGGAACAGAAGGUGAUGCCCUUUUGACCUCAUUAUGGACAAGAGGUGACUGGAAGUCCCGCCCACAGAUCAAUCAUUUGGAUCACUUCAAUUUCUUUGUUUUAAAAGGAAUUUAAGAAAAUGUCAGUACUGAAACACAUUUACCAACCAAUAAAAAUAAUAAUCAUGAUCAUAACAUGUAAAAUCCUGAGAGACUAACGUGACACCUGCACGGAUGCCAGUGGGGGCGGAGCUUAGCGCAGACAUUUGACUGCAGUUACUCCUUCAGCAAACAAACCAAUCCUGAUGUCAUGUGACCCACUUUGCGGAAGUAUUAAAAAAGAUGCCUCCAAAUGCUUCUGUGCCCGAGCUGCAGUUUAUUGAGCAGAGGAUUAAAAAUGAUAGCCAUAAAAUAUGUAUGCAUUAAAAUGAUGCAUAUAACUCAUAAAAAGACGUACAUGAUGUGUAAAGGAUGUAUAUACGGUAAUGCAUGUAAUUCAUAAAAAACAUGUACAUAAUGCUUGUAAGUCAUUAAA